ACUUUCCGUUAUUUCUCAACAACGGCUGGAAUAUUUAUUUUAUAAAUAUAGAUCGCUAUUGUUUUGCUUCUUUCUUUUCUACCUGUGAUUAUUAGUUAAGAAACUGAUAACUUCAAAUAAUUCCAUAGCAUAUUAAAAGUUUUGUGAAGUUGUUAUUGAGAUAAGAACAUACCACGACUUGAUAAAUCGAAUGUUUACUAAUAUUCUGUCUAAUAAUUCGUCAUAUUUUAAAAAUGAAAAAGGUGGCUUAAGCAGCUUAAACCUUAAAUGUAAUAUUCUCUCAAAUCGUGAAAUAAAAAACAGUGAAAUAAAAACUGAAAACAUGCUGUCGUCACGAGUUAGUACUAUUGCUUCUGAUGAAAGCUUCAUCACUCCCGUUUCUUCAGUAGACGAUCUAAUGGCUCUAUCGCCAAAAAAAUCAAGAGAAAUCUCUGAUCAAACGAAUGUUACAAGUGAUUUUCUCACUGGUACCGAUUUUGAUAGUAUAUGUGAUAUAACAAUGCAAGAAGUUCCAACGUGCGAUGAUAUGUUUAUGGAUGCUCACAGCUUAGAUUACCUUGUUAAAUGUGCGGAAACAAAUAGAAAUCAAACCUUAAUCGAUAGAGGAAAAGAAAGUCUAUUUGUAAAAUUUGAUCCACUUUAUGCAAAGAAAAUGUUGCAAGAUGCAUCUGAUAAUGCUCAAAACUCACAAACAGAUUCUUCUGAAUGUGAUGUUGGCUAUGAAACCAGCAGUUCUACAUCAGUCGUAACUGAAAAUGUUACCGAAACUUCCAAACAUACAUUGUCAACAAGUUUAAUGAUCUCUAAAAAUGGGAAAGAUAAACCAACUCAGGUUGUUCCACCGGUUGUAAGCAGUGAUGUUCCAAAGCCUAGUACAACUCAGGCAAAAUCUGUACCAGCUCUAGUACGAAGUGUUUCUGCUAUUCUUACACCAAGCCAAGUAGCAACAGACAGGCUCAUAAACUUUGCUGGCAACACUCCACCAACAGCUGCUCCUAGAAGCCCUCGUCGCCCACAGUAUGGAGCUCAAGAAGUUGAUCGACUCCAGUCAUUAAGAAUUAUUUUGCAAAAUCAGGAUCAAGAGGUUUUGCUGUUAAGACAAGAGAACAGAGAGUUAAAAUCCUCUUUACAAGAUAUUGAACACAAAUUUUCCCGCACAAAAGAAGAACUAGAAAAUCAAAUAAAAAAAUUAACUGAUGAAAAAGAAGUUUUACAAGAAAAGGAAUGUAGAUUGACUCAACAAGUUAAUGACAAAACUAUAAAUAAUAAACAAAUGUGUAUUGUAAUGGAGGAAUAUGAAAAAACUAUUUCAUCUAUAAUAGGUGACCAACAAAAAGAAAAAAUACUAUCACAAGGGAAGUUUGAAAAAUUAAUAUUAGAAAGAGAUCAAGCACUUAACCACCUUUCAAGUAUGGAAAGUUCCUUCAAUGAUUUGUUAACAAAGUAUGAGAAAUGUAAGACUUUGAUCCUAGAUUCUAAAGAGAGGGAAAGAGUUCUUAAUCUGAAGAUAGUCGAGUAUGAAGCAGGUUUGGAGAAAUAUGAAAUACUUUAUAACAAUCUUAAGCAAGUUACAACAGAUAAUUUAGACAAAGCAAAUGAAACACUGGAUAAUAUUAAAAAGGCUCACAAUGUUGAAAUCACAAAGUUAAAUGCUACAAUUAAAAAACAUGAAAUCAUGAUAUCUUCUCUCCAAGAGUCGUUGAUACAAAAAACAAGAGAUAAUGAGGAAUUGACGAGAAUAUGUGAUCAACUAAUCAACGAAGUUCGCUAAUUAUUAUCUAUAUAUUAUAAAGCUCAAGAUAUUAUUUGAAAUUUUAACAUAAUUAAACCCUGUUUUCUAAGAAUAAUACUUAAUUUUAACUUAUACUUUGUAGCCAUUUUAUUAGCACUUGUUUGCUUCAUAAAUGAGCAUUGUGAUUCCUAAUUAUAAAGUUUUGCAUUAAUAAGAUUAUUUGGUAAAAAUUGCUUAUCCAAUGUUAAAUUAUUUUCUUAUUAAUAUGGUACAAUAAGAUUGAUUUACAUAGUUUAUUGCUCACUUAAGACUAUUUUAUUGACAAACAAGAGCCAUAGAAUUGAAUUUGACUUUGAUUUAUUUAAAUUUUUUGUGGUGGUGCUUAUUAGGUUUUUUAAACUAUUAUUCGAACUGUUAUGUUCAUUUAGUUGUAUAAAAUGUU